AUGGCUAGCCCUCCUGUGCUAGCCUUCGAUGCUGAGGGCCGCCCAGUGAAGUUCGACACCUGGCUUGAUGACCUACACCUCUUCCUACAGCUCACUGCCAAGGAAGACAUCUCGCUGUACGAUCAUGCCUUAGGCCACGCUACUGCUCCUGCUGCUACUGCUGACAGCACUGCCCGCUCACAGUGGCAGACUCGUGACGCCCAUACUCGCUUCGCUAUUCGCAACUCUCUGCGGAUAGAUGAGCGCGAGCACUUUGGGCAGCACAGGACUGCACAGGCACUGUACACUGCUGUCGUUGCCCGCUACUCCUCACCGGCCUCUGCCGCUCUAGGCCGUCUCUCUCUUCCCUACCUAUUCCCCGACUUAGCUUCCUUCCACGCUGUCGCUGAUCUCAUUACCCACCUCCGCACUAGUGAGGCUCGCUUCCGCGCCGCUAUGCCUAAUGAGUUCCUUGCCAAGAACCCACCCCCGCUCUGGCUCACUCUCUACCACCUAGUCACGCGCCUCCCUGACACUCUGCGCUCAGUCAGGGACCACUUCCUAGCUCGCUGCCCCACCGAGCUCACCAUUGCCCUCCUCGAGAAGGAACUCCUUGCAGCUGAGGCUAGCAUAGUCGCUGUAGGUGCCUCUCGCGGUGACCCCCGUACCCCGUUCUUUGAGGGGUGUUCUCCCUCCCCCCUUCUUCCCUCUGUCGCCUCUGCUGCUGUUGUCGACCUCCUUGGUGCUGAGAAGGUUGGGACUGCGUCUGCUUCGAGUGGGCGCCACAGCGGCAAGGGCAAGGGCGGUGGUGGUGACAACGGGGGUGGCGGUGGUGGGGGAGGUGGUGGUGGCGGGGGGGGUGGCGCGGGUGGGGGAGGUGGCAGCAGUGGGGGGGGUGGCGGCAGCGGCGGGGGAGGUGGCCGGGGCGGAGGAGGUGGUGGGGGUAGCGCACGGGGGGGGGGGGGGGGGGGUGGCCUUAGCUACACGUACGUCAUUUGCACUGGUGACCGCACUGGCCAGCCGUGUGGGGGACCGCACGCCACACAGCAUUGCUUCGCUCGUCUGAACGACGCUUGGCGUGUUCAGUUCCCUCAGGCCACUGAGCUGCCCCGCUGGGUUGAUCUCCUGAAGAAGGGGAUUGAUAUUUAUGCUCUAGACUUUGAUGCUAUUCUCACUGCCAUGUAUGUGAUGUCUACUAGUGGAGAGGGUGCUGAGUACCUGAGUGUCCCGCCCGACCCGGGCAUUAGGACAAGUGCGUCUGCCGCUCCAGGUACUCGCGUGUCCGCUACCCCAGGUGCUGGUGAGGCAGCUGCUCUAGGUGCGUGUACGUCUGCCCCCCCUAGUACUGUGUCGACUGCAGCACUGCACACCUUCACACUGGAUUCAGGUGCCUCUCGCUGUUUCUUUCGUGACCGCACUGCCCUUGAGCCCCUUGCUCGGCCAGUUGCUGUCUCUCUCGCUGACCCCUCUGGAGGUCCGGUCCUUGCGACCUCCUCCACUGUCCUUCCCUGUCCUGCGGUCCCGUCGGGCACACUGUCAGGUCUCCACCUCCCCUCGUUCUCUACGAACUUGGUGGCAGGUUGUGCACUACAGGACGCGAGUGUUCACCAGUUCACCCCUGCCUACGAGCGUGUCACACACUGCACGUGUGCCCGUACAGGCCGACACUUGGCUACCUUCACACGGCAGCCGGGGUCGGACCUGUACACACUGACUACUGCCCCCCCUCAGGUCGCUGCGUCUGCGUCUGCGUCCGCGUCAGGUCAGCUGUCCGCCCCCUGCUCGUGUUGCUCUCUAGCGCACGAGACUGUCCUCUGGCACAACCGACUUGGCCACCCGUCUGUGCAGCGCCUUCGUGCCAUGCACUCCCGGUACCUUGUCUCUGGUCUUCCCAGGGUCCUCCCUCCCCUCCCACCCUCGCCUGCUCCUCCCUGUCUUCCCUGUGUCGAGGGGCGGCGGCGCGCCGCUCCUCACUCCUCCUCGUUUCCCCCGACGUCUGCUCCUUUGCAGACGCUCCACAUGGACGUGUGGGGCCCAGCCCGCGUCCGUGGUCAGGGUCAGGAGAGGUACUUCCUGAUCGUUGUUGACGACUACUCGCGCUACACCACGGUCUUCCCCUUGCGCACCAAGGGUGAGGUCCCUGAUGUUUUGAUCCCUUGGAUCUGCAGAGCUCGUCUCCAGCUCAGCGAGCGAUUCCGCUCGGACUUUCCUGUCCUGCGCUUGCACUCUGACAGAGGUGGUGAGUUCUCCUCCGACCUCUUGGCAGCCUACUGUGCUGAGCACGGCAUUGAGCAGUCGUUCACGCUUCCGGCCUCUCCACAGCAGAAUGGGGUUGCGGAGCGCCGCAUUGGCCUGGUCAUGGAGGUCGCUCGUACCUCCUUGAUCCAUGCGGCUGCCCCCCACUUUCUGUGGCCGUUUGCGGUCCGGUACGCUGCGCAUCAGCUCAACCUCUGGCCCCGUGUCUCCUUGCCGAAGACCUCGCCCACACUGCUGUGGACGGGGUAG